AUGGAUGGAGAAGAAUCAUCAUGGAUGAGCACAUGGACAGGUGGCGACAAAGAAGAGGAUUUACCAAAUCUUAGAGGUAAUAUAGGUGAUUGGUCAUCAUUUAUGAUUGCGAUGGAUGAUAAUGAUGGGCAAGAAUUACAUAGAUCAUUAUCAUCUAUUAACAUCAAACUUAAUCAAACAAGUACCAAUAGUAGUGGUAGUAGUACACCAACUCUAAAUUCAGCAAAUACAAGUUUUAGUAAUUUAAACAAAUUAAAAGGUUCAGGGUCAGUACCAGGUUCACCAAACGCCCUAUCUCCAUUAAAAGGAUCUUUAGGUUUAAAUAAAACACCUUCAUCACCAACAUUACAAUCAAAUCCACCAAACUCACCACCAUCAAAUCCAAACAGACCAAUGAUUGGUACCAAUAAAACCUCACAACCAAAUUCGUCAGCUGUUAGAAUACAAUAUACAAAGUCUUCAAUUUCUAGUUUAGCUGCAUCUAUACAUUUCGAACAAAUAAAUACCUCACCUGUUGGAUCACCUAAUAUGUUACCAUCAAGCCCAUUAUCAUCAUCACCACACAAUAUACCACCAAAAAUUUCAUUAGCUGCAGUUUCUGUUGGUGAUGGCAAUACUUCGUCUCAUGAAGAUGACGAUAUACUAUCCAAUGCUAGUGGUUUAGAAAUGUCUAUUAAUUCGCUUAGUAAUAAAGUUUAUGAAGGUUGGAUGGAGGUAUGCAUAUCUAAAAAAUGGAAAAGAAAAUGGUUUGUUUUACGUGACUCGCAUUUAGAAUAUUACAAGGGAUGGUGGGAAGAUCAAAAUCAAAUUACUGAUAGCGACGAAUGUGGCAGAAUUCUAUUAAAUUACUGGUACUCAUUUUCAAAAAUUACAUUUGUCGAUGGAAAACACAAUUUUUCAAUUAUUCAAAGUUCUGAUGUCGAAAAAAAUAGUGGUAAAAACAACUCUAAAUUAAAAUUUAGAAUAGAAGAUGAAACAAUUGCUAAAAAAUGGAUUGAAGAGUGCGAAAAAAUCAUUAAACGAAGAAAAGAAACUACUGUUACUCUUAGACCGUUAGCAGAACAUAAAAUUGGUAUUUUGGGUAGAGGUAGAAGCAACACAGUAGUUGCUCCAAACAGUCCAAUAUUUGAACCACCAGUUAAUGAUGGCCACCAAACUAAAGUUUGUGUACCACAUGAAAUGGUAGAUUGUUUAGAACCAGAUGAAAAAAUAUUAUUAGAAAAGGUUAAGGCACUUUUGGAUGAAUUUAAACCAAAACCUUUACCAGAGGGUGAAACCCCAACAAGCUAUCGUAAUAAACCUAAAUCAAGUGAUGGAUAUUAUCGUGUACUUUCUUUGGAUGGUGGUGGUUUAAGAUCAGUUAUGGUUUGCAUUUUAAUUGAACGUAUUGCAAAACGUUAUCCAAAGUUUUUAGAUCAUGUAGAUGUUUUCACUGGUACUAGUGCAGGUUCAAUUGUCGCAGCUGGUUUGGCAUUCGAAUAUCCUCCAAAAGGCACAAGACGUGUAUUGGAAUUAACAGCUCUUCCAGUGUUUGGUAAAAAAAGACCAGGUUUUAAUAUGGGCAAUGCUAAAUAUUUUGCACGUGUUCUUAGAGCCUCCUGUUAUGUAUUCUUCCAAGACCGUCGUUUCUAUGAAGCACAGAGAAAAUUAGUUGUUCCAGCAUUUCAAUUGGAUAGCGCAUGGCCACCUGAAGCACAAUCAUUAGCACCAGAGGUCAGAAGAUGGCAACCACGUGUUUUCCAUAAUAUUGGUAAAUGCGAAGGUUAUUUAGAAACUGAUAUUAUAGGUGAUGUUUUAUUAAGAUCAGCAUCAGCUCCAACUUAUUUCCCAUCACACCAAGGUUAUAUUGAUGGUGGUGUAUUUGCAAAUAACCCAUCACUUUCAGCAAUAUCGUUAGCAAUGUCACCAAGUCUUGAUAAUAUCCCAGCCGAUAAAAUCAUUUGUUUAUCUAUAGGCACAGGUGCAUCAUCACAUUAUAUGGAGGGUGGUCAAGAUUACGAUUGGGGUUUAUUAAAUUGGGCUCCAAAAUUAGGUAAUCUUUUAAUGGGAUCUCAAGUUGAUUAUUUGACUCAAAUUUGCGAUAAUAUUUUAGGGGAUAGACACCAUCGUUUAAAUCCAAUUUUAGGCGAAAAUACUUCAAUGGACGAUCCAAAAUUAGUUACAGAAUUAGCAACCUUGGCAAAUACUAUAGAUUUAACCAAAACAUUUGAAUUCAUUGAAAAGUAUUUCGUUUUACCAGAAGAUAAAAUGGAUGAACAACCUUUAUCACCAAGAUCAGCCUCAUAUUUUAAUUCAAGUACUGGCAGUAAUUUAGAUUCACCCCGUAAUGUUUCCCCACGUAAUGCUUCCCCACGUAAUAUAUCCCCACGAAAUACUCAAUAUGAUGACACAUCAAUACCUUUAACACCAAGAUAA